ACAGGGGGCCAGGGACCACCUCAGGAAAAAGCUGCCACCGGGGCCUAUAGGCUUCAAAGUCCAGGGAGGGCAGACAGCACCCUGUCCCUGCUGGCCACCCCUGGCUACUCAGAGCAUGGUGGAGAGAAGAGCCAUCCAUCCGGGCCUCAUGACAGCAGAGACACAUCCAGCUUGCCAGGAAAACCACCUGACUCAUGAGGACAUGGAUUUGGUGCUAGAGCAAAUGCUGGACCAACAGACAGGGGAAGGAUGCAAGUCUAAUGUUGAGUUGCAAAGGGACAAGGAUGAUGGUCCUCUGGGUGUAGAAGAAGCACAAGAUGGAGAGCUGACGGAUGAGGAAAAUGAGGAGCUUCAAGAUGGAGAUCUGAUGGAUGAAGAAAGGUUUUUAAAACAGUUCCCCAGCUGGAAACAGAAGCAAGAAGAAAGCAUUAGAAGGCUCUGUGCGCUCGCGGAAGACAUUGACACAAACCACAAAACAUCCACCAAGACCAAAGUGGUGACCAACUCCACAGCAGUCGUUUCUGAAGUGAUGAGUCUUCUGGGUUUGGCCCUAGCUCCAACAACUGCAGGAGGAAGCCUGAUGCUCACAGCUGCUGGUCAAGUUUUAGGGGCCAUCACUCAAGUCACCAGUGUUGUGACUGAUGUGAUGAACAACUCUCAAAAUAAAAGAGCCCAAGCUCAAGCCAGCAGGAUAGCGCCAAGGAGUGACCAAGAGCUCGAGGACAUGGACGGGGAGAAGAUGUCUUACAUCACAGCCACUGGUGAGAUUGUCUACAAAUGUGGGAGCACCUGGGAGAUGGUCAAGAAGCACAUUCGAGCCCUCCGGCAAGCCAGAAAACACCCCCGUGUGGCCUCGGCUGCCAAGCGACUCAUGACCACUGGCCAAGUCUCAGCCCGAAGCAGCAGGCAGGUGCAGAAGGCCUUUGGGGGCACAGUCCUGGAGAUGACCAAAAACGCUCGCAUGCUUGGAGGGGCAGCAUCCGCCUUCUUCCUCAUCCAGGAUUUAUUUAAUCUCUGGAAUGAUUGGAAGCGACUGAAGGCUGGGGAGAGGGCUGAGCUUGCAGAAGAGAUAAGAUCACAGGCUCGGGAGCUGGAGGAGAUGGUGUCAGAGUACACCCAUCGCUACAAGAGGCUGAAGCAGAAGAAACUUGCAGGAGAGAGGCUUGGAAACGCUUCGUUGGACAGAGCUGUGGAGACUCAGCGUCAGCCUCCAGCCAUGCUCAGGAAAGCAAAACCCCGGGGGAAGCAGGUGCCUUUGAGAGCAAUAAAACAGGACCAGGGUGGAGGCAGCAAGGCUGGCAGAGGACAUGUCGGGAGGCUCACCAGCCAGAGGCUUCUUGGGGUCUAAGAAGGGACGAUUUCUCUUAUGAGAGCACCAUCACCCCUCCUCCAACUCCCUCACUCCCCACUCCAACCUCCGUCCCCUCUCCCCUGGUCUCUGUUCCUUCACUUGUACAGCACCCAGUGGCCCUUAGACAGGGACUUCUGUCAGCUUCCGAAGUCAGUGGCAAUGGUGAGGCAGAGGGGUCCCUGAGGAAAGGUCUCCUGAUGCUCCUUCCUUCCACUUCACCUCUCCAUGCCCUCUUCCUCUCCAGCCUGCCGUAACUCCUGACUUGGAGGUGAGUUUGCACACAAGAUGUCUCUGGAACCUGCUGCCAGGAUGCCCCCUCUAUCCUCUUCUGCUCCCACAUCCUGCGCCCUUACCUGGUGCUCAUCCAGGACCUUGCCUGGUGGCUGGGUUCCCCCAUCUUAAAAACGCCUCUCUCUCUCUCUCUCUCUCUCUCUCUCUCUCUCUCUGCCUUAGCUGCUAUUUUAAGUUACCCACGGGCACUACACAUCCUUUAAAAAAUAUCCAGGAGAAGAAAAUGUAGGGGAAGAGAUAGCUCAUGAUCUAGGCUUGCGCAUGUUCACACCAGACACCGCGCUUCCUUCCCAGACUGUGUGGAGAAGCUGACUGCUCACUGCCGCCCUUAGACUCUGCAGGGAUCCUCCCUUCAGGUGCACUGCAGAAUUGAGCCCUUCCCUUAAAUUCUUCCUGAUCCCUCAUUGGCCUGGGGAUCUGAACUUCCCAUCCUGCUCUCUGCGCACGACAGGACUGUGCUCUGUGCUUUACUCAGCAAGAGGAAUACAUUGGUCCACAGUGCACAGGGGUGCCAUAUGGUCCGCAUCCACAGAACAGAAACAGUGUCAAACUCUCAUCGCCACCUCAUGGACAGUCCUUGGGGCUGUGGUGGUUCAGCUGUGGUGGUUCAGCUGGUAAAGAUGCUUGCCACCGCACCUGACUCCUGAGUUGAAACAGUGGCACCAUGGUGGAUGGAUCACACACACGCAGGCAGGCAGGCAGCACACAUGCACACUAAGAGUCCUCAAACUGGGAUAGCAAAUAUCAAAGAUAAAGACCUUCCUAAAGGGAAAGGAGAGAACCCUGAACAGACUCUAUACUACGGGAGAAAAAAAUCUGGGUUUGUGUGUGGUGCUGGGGAUGGAACCAGGGUUUCAGGCAUGCUUGGUCUGCACUUUACCACUGUGCCAUACCCAGUCCUGGGAGAUGUGGAAAGUGGGGAGAGACUGGAAUGUGGCCUAGUAGUCUUGCUUUAUAAAUCUUGGAAUCUGUGACUUUAAGAAAAAUGAAUAAGUGAAUAAAAUCCCACACUCAGCCAUUUUGUCCCUGUUCCCUU